AUGCCCGCCGUCACUCGUCUUGCUGGAUGGAAGUACACGGAAGGUACUUCUGACGAGCGGAAGCGCCAGGCUCGCGACAGCCUGUUGAAGCUUUACACUGAAGUCGCUCAUCUCGUCAACCAUGGCCCUAUCGCUGGCAAGAACAUAUCCAAGCUGGGUGUCCAUAAGGAUUUUGAUAUCGCAUUCACGGUCGAGUUCAAGAGCGUAGAAGCGCGCGACGAAUUCGACCCGCAUCCUCUGCAUGAUAAAGUGGUCGCGGACUUGAUGCCUAUCAUUGCCGACAUGUUUGUUUAUGAUCUGGUAAAGGAUGAAUGGUAG